AUGAGCGGAUCGACAAUCGCCUCCACCAUCGCCGCAACCGUCACCUCGGCCGUCUUGGCAGCCACCGACUCCAUCCUCCCCACUCCCACAGCCUCACCUUUUGACCCAGCACCAACAUUCUCGCCUUCAAUUGGUGGCAACAAUACGGACACGACUCAGCCCCUGUUAUGCGAUUGGAUCAGGACGGCAGCCCGCUGUCGAGAUGCUGACUUUACAAGGACUCUGUUGAUCGCCUCUUCUGUCAUGCAUGGACUCGUCUUUUUCUUUGGUCUCUGGUUGCUCGCAUACCGCCACCGAGGCAUCAAUACCAAGAUUGUCACAGAGCUCUAUGUCACCGUCGGGACAGGCGUACGACCAAAACCUAUGGAUUGCAUUACAUUUUUCAUGGCACUAGCAUCGUUCCUCAAGAUUGGUGUGAACCUCUGCCUCAUCUUGGAUGCCUUCCCUGACAAGCUGUGGCUCCGUAUUAUCUUUGAGCAGACGUAUUGGGUGUUUGUGGCGAUCGGGUUUUCGUCGUACUUUGUCGGCCUUCUCUACGCGAUGCCUGUCACCACCAAAGAGGGCAUCUUUGCUGUCUACCAGCCCGAAGUCGUCUUUGGUGAACAACCCCUUUCUCCGAUCCACGUCUUGACCCCGACGACCGUCCAUAAGAACGUCUUCCUCGUGAUGGGCGCAGUCUAUCCUAUCAUCUUUGGUGCAGGUGUCGGUGUUGCUUCUGCAUUAACCUCGCAGAUGGCUGGAUAUGAGCAAGUAUCUCGCAUCCUAUUGCUUAUCCAAUACUCCAACUGGGUCUUCAUGCUCUGGCUCAUGGCCAUCAUGUUCUUCUACUAUGGUCUCAAGUACACUUUCAUCCUGCGAGCCAACAUCAUCCUCGCCGAGGCCGCGUUGAAGGCACCCCGAGCAGCCUUUGGAAUCGGCAACCUCCGCUCUGCUAGUCCUGCGCGAUUCCUCUUUAUCCAGCUCCAGAUUACCGGCUUUGGUGGGUCGGCAGUGACACUGCUCGCUGGCACUCUCUGCAUGAUUUGGGUCUUGUACCGAGAUGAGAUCCUGUCUAUGACCAAUGUCAUCUGGCCCCGUACCAUGGCUUUCUUUUGGACAUGUGCAAUUGCCGUGGCCUACUUUGUCAUAAUGGCCCUCAUAGCUGUUCAAAGUGUCCGCAACCGUCGUCGCGGUCUCCAUGAGCCCAUCACAUCUGUCACCAAUUCGUACAUGCCCGGUCAAAAGACCUCUUCUGGCAACAACUCCAAAGGUCUGUAUUCUCAGCCCCAUAAGGCACGGUCUGUCCAAUCCGAAUCGGAGGCUCGGCUUGCCCAGCGCAACUCUGGCGACUUCAGCACACUGCACUCUGCCUACUCGGUCGAAAAGGACGGUGACGGUAAUGCUUCUCUCGAAUACGAGACUGUGUAUGAGGAUGCAAGAGCGAUCGCGGCCAUGGUCGAGACCCCUCAACCUCCUUCCAAUCAAUCGGAGCAAGACAGGGCCAACAAGAAGCUAUCGGUGGGGUCACCCAGUCGCCCUUUCACGAUCAUGACCCAUCGGACCGGAGAUGCCCAGAACUAUGGUCGCCGAGAGAGCGAUGCGCAAUCAAGCUUGUCCGGCCACAAUGGUUCCUCCGCCAAGGUGGCCCCCGAUCUGAGAAACACUGUCUUUGGUGCUCAGCCUCGUCGACCUAGCAGCCCACCUCCAUCGGCAUCGUCCUAUCCACUCAUCAAUAUCCGAUCCUCGUCCUCGACUCACAAGAGCAAGGGCAGCAGUAGUCGAUCACACGGGUCUUCAUCCCACACUACCAGCCAGACUUCGAGUGAGGCAUCCUCUGCAACCAAGCGGUCUCUGGAUAUCAUGAAGUUCUCGCCUCACGCUCUCACUCCUCUCCCCGAUGUCCCCACUUAUUCUCACCCUCACAGCCAACAACACCAACAAAAGCAACAACAAAGGCAACAACAGAGACAACAACAACAACCACAGCAGCAGCAGCAGCAACCACUCUAUGAGCAGCAAGAGCCCUAUCAGACCCUGCAGUACAAGGUCUCACAAAAGGGUCUCUCACCCCCACCCAGGGCCAAGCGUCUGGCCAAUGGACCCAAUCCUGGUUCCGAGCCAUCAUCACCAUCAUCACCAGUGUCACCCCCGGCACGAGACACAUUCAUGAUGAAUGGAUUGACGACGACGCCGGACGGAUAUUCAGAUACACCUCGGAUCGGAGGUGGAGUUCGACGAAAGUCCUUGAAGGGGAUUGAGGAGGACGAGAGGGGAGGCGAUACCUCCUGGCCAUUACCACCAAGGCUCAGCUAG